GACCGCAAGUUGUCGCUAAGUUGGUGGCAACUAUCUGACACCAACUUGGUUGGUCUGAAACUGUGGCUAUCAGGGUAUGUUUGAUCACGCUGGAGACUUGUAAAAAGAAGAUUGGGUGAUUUAUAAUUUGAAAUAUAAACAUUUUCUGUAAAUUUAUUGAAAUUAGUGUAAUUAUUUUAUCUGACUGAAAAUAUUUGAACGUUAUUGGCUGUUUUAUUAACAAAAUUAAGGAGAAAAUUGGACAAUCUAAAUGAAUAGUAUCGGUGAAUCUUGUAACGAAUUAAAACAACAAUAUGAUGUUUGUUUUCAAACAUGGUUUUCUGAUAAAUUUCUGAAAGGCGACAUGAAUGACUCUAUGUGUGCUCCACUCUUCAAAAUUUAUCAAUCAUGUCUCAAGAAGGCUAUAAAAGAUAAUAAAAUUGAAAUAAAAGAUAUUGAAGUGAACCAUUUGGGAACAGACAACGAAAAGCUACCGCCCAGCUGAUGAGAAAACAAAAAUGAAGUUUACGCUAAUUACUAAGAAAAGUAUUCCACAGUUUUAUGUUAAUUUUCAUUGAUUGUUCAUUAAAUAUUGUAAAAAAAAAUUAAUUAAAUUUAAUCAAUCGUUACGCAAAUUA